GCUGGGGUCUGGGGCUGGAAGGAGGAGAAGCAAGAGGGUCAGGAUGGUCCAUCAGUGGUGCAUCAGAUGCGGAGUUGCUUGAGGAGAAAGAAUCUGAGAAUCCUUUUCUUAUCCCCUGUAUCUCCACACUCUGCUCCUGCUUUCUCUGAGAUCCCAGAUAAAAGAUGUUUACUUUUUGUGCUGUGCUUUUUCCACCUAUAAAGUAGGGGUAGACAUCUGUAUUAAAUAGUGGCUCUAAAGCGCUUCAGAGUGCUGCACAAGCUCACUUGUCCCACGCUGUGAACUCUUGUAGCCAAACACAGGAAGGUGGUACCUGCAUGCUGGCUGGGUUGAGUGUAACUCUUAAUUAGCUUUAAAAGCGCUUGUAAAAAACCCUAGGUGAAAGGUAAAAGAGCAUGGAGAAGUAGGUGGCAAGAUCUUGAAGCAAGAGACCUAAUUUUCUUUCACCUCCUGCUUCCCUCCUUUGUUUUGUUCUACUGACCUGUUGCAUUUUUUCCUUCCUCGUUGGCUAGCUCCGAGCUCUGUUAUUAUAACCAGCUAGGAUCCUGUUGUUACAUUGAACUGUUCCUCCCUAGAUGAGUUUUGACCUCCCCUUUUUUGUGUGGUCAAAAGGCCUCCUGGCCUUGCUAUACUUCCAAAAGUUUGUGUGCUCUGACUCCACCUCAAGUGAUGUUUAACAGCCUUAUUUGUUUAUGAUCAGAGAGCCUCCAACCUAUUUACAUAAGCCGGUGAAUUAAGGUGCAGAACCUAUUUAUGAGAUUACUCCAGUUUUCAGCUCUCCGUGCUGACAUGGUAACUGAACGGUGGCUUUCAGUGACAGGCAGACGGGGACAUCUGCUCUGGAGAGGCUAGCAGGAACAGCCUGGUAGGGUCCAUCUCGGAUAGACGCGGAUGAUGCCAGAGCUAUGACAGGGAUUGCAGUCUUGGCACUGAGGGGUGAUCAAUUAUGGAACAACUACAGGAGGAAGUACCUGAGGUCAAGGAAGAGGAGGAGGAAGAGGCAGUGAGAGUAGCGAGUGGAGCCUCGGAUCCAAGUGGAGGACCAGACAGCUCACUGCCUUCGAGCAGCUACACAGACCUUUCGCAGAGCUCCUCUCCCUCCCUGUCGGACCAGCUGCAGAUGGGCUGUGAGGAGGCGGCCUUGGGAGCGCUGAACGUGGAGUGCAGGGUCUGCGGAGACAAAGCCUCGGGGUUUCACUACGGCGUGCAUGCCUGCGAGGGCUGCAAGGGUUUCUUCCGCCGGACGAUCCGCAUGAAGCUGGAGUACGAGAAGUGCGAGAGGAGCUGCAAGAUUCAGAAGAAGAACCGGAACAAGUGCCAGUACUGCCGCUUCCAGAAAUGCCUCUCGUUGGGCAUGUCACAUAACGCAAUCCGCUUCGGCCGCAUGCCGGAGGCGGAGAAGAGGAAGCUGGUGGCGGGGCUGACGGCGAGCGAGAUCAGCUGCCAGAACCCACAGGUGGCCGACCUGAAAGCUUUCUCCAAGCACAUCUACAAUGCCUACCUGAAAAACUUCAACAUGACCAAAAAGAAGGCGAGAGGUAUCUUGACCGGGAAGGCCAGCAGCACCCCACAGCCUUUUGUGAUCCACGACAUGGACACCUUGUGGCAGGCAGAAAAGGGGCUGGUGUGGAAACAGCUAGUGAACGGCAUUCCCCCCUACAAGGAGAUCGGGGUGCACGUCUUCUACCGCUGCCAGUGCACCACGGUGGAGACUGUGCGGGAGCUCACCGAGUUCGCCAAGAGCAUCCCCAGCUUCAUAGGCCUCUACUUGAAUGACCAAGUGACUCUGCUGAAGUACGGGGUGCAUGAGGCCAUCUUUGCCAUGCUGGCCUCUAUCAUGAACAAGGAUGGGCUCUUGGUGGCCAACGGGAACGGCUUCGUGACCCGCGAGUUCCUGCGUAGCCUGCGCAAGCCCUUCAGUGAGAUCAUGGAGCCCAAAUUUGAGUUUGCUGUGAAAUUCAAUGCGCUGGAGCUGGACGACAGUGACUUGUCUCUGUUUGUGGCUGCCAUUAUCCUGUGCGGAGACCGUCCUGGCCUGAUGAACGUGAAGCAGGUGGAGGAGAUCCAAGACAACAUCCUGCAAGCGCUGGAGUUUCACCUGCAGUCUAACCACCCGGAUGCCCAGUACCUCUUCCCCAAGCUGCUGCAGAAGAUGGCUGACCUGCGGCAGCUGGUGACAGAGCACGCCCAGCUGGUGCAGAAAAUCAAGAAGACAGAGACGGAGACAUCUCUGCACCCGCUUCUGCAGGAGAUCUACAAGGACAUGUACUAAGGACCUGUUAUUUAUGAGAAUGAAGCCAUGGAUUCCCAUCAAGACUUUGUACAGAAACAAAGAAAACCUUUCCCCAUGUCUUCCAUUUCUUCCACUGGAAACUUUUCUAUGUGACCCUGACGUACGGUACAGAGGGCAAGAUGCUGUAAGAUUUUGCAGCCACCACCUGCCAGGCCAGGGCUUCCGUUAACACACACUAACAAAUUUACAAAGGCAAAUCAUAAGCUACUGUUUCCGUUACCACGGCCCAGCUCUUCAGCUGCUCCCCGGGGCCUCUGGAGCGGCCGGCCAGUUUACACGGCCCGGGUGGUGGGGAUCCUGCGGCAGCCGGGGGACGGUGGGGGAUGCUCUGGUCCUUGGGAGACCCGAGCGGGGUGCGGGUGUCCGGCGGGGCCAGCAACAGCGCUUACAGCGUGUCUUUAUUUUCUUUUUUGUAUUGCACUCUGAAGACAUAGUCUUUGAGCUGUGAAGUCUAGGACAGUGUAAUGAAAGGAUGUUUCUCUCUUUUCCAAAGAAAAGUCAGAGUAUUUGAAGACGGGUAGGGCUGUCCUAGCAGUGACCCCCAGCUGCAGCCCCCCCCCUUGCUGCACGGUGUAUUCCUGUCUCCCAGAGGGAUUGUGUGAUCUCUGCCUGCCCUGAGUGCCGUGUGGCAGCCCAUGCUCCUGGUACCCCCGUUUCAGAGAGAGCCUGCUCCUCAGCACCUCAGUGUGAGAGGGAGGUGUGGGGAUGUGCGCUGGAGAGGGUUUGACUCAUAAAAAUUCACCUCCAGAGCAGAAAGACCAGAAAUCUGUGUGCUUCCCCAGGCUGUUCGGUACAGAUGGAAGUUACCAAGAAGGUCUGAGCGGGGCCUGGGGCUGGUCGGGGUUUAGGUGGCGGCACUUGCGGCUUGUCCUGCAGCUCCCUUCCCAAGGCCCGGGGGGCUCCGGGGGUUUCACAGGGCAGUGCAGGCAGCUGGGGCUUCCUGGCAGCACAGCUGAGCAGCCAAGCAAGCAAAGCCUUCAGCAACACCAGCAAGGAGAAAGCCACGGUCAGCCCGACAGAGCUCAUGAUGCUGAAACGGCAUUGACCUGUUAACUGCCCUGCCUCAGUUUCCCCUCUGUGAAAGGCAGCUGGCUUGCUCUCCGCUUGGAGGGGGAGCGUGAGGAUUAAUGAGUGCAUCGGUUGCAAAGAGCUUUGCGGUGUUACAACACAGUAUAAAUGCCAAGUGUUUAUAAAAGAGGAGGGAGAGGGUGGGAUGCUCAAAAUGAGCAGGAGCUUCCCCAGUGCGGGGACAGCUCCAGGCUUUGGGGUCUGCCUAAACCCAGAGCCGUUCUGGGACUUUACCUGGCAGCUUCUCGCAGCUGUAGUGAAACGCCGCGGUGCUGCCUGUGCCCAGGACAGGACCCCUGUGUGGGGGGCUGCGUCACCCGGGCUCGGAGAGAGGAUGGACCCAGGAGCUGGGUCCCCUCUCAGGAUGAUGGUGUCUGACCUAAGAAGUGGCACUUACCUGUCUGCAGCUUGUGGUCCCGUGUACCCCGAGCAGCCUUAUUAAAAUACUGGUAUUCCCAAGGAGAGGUUGUGGGAGCAAAUUAGUUGGUUUUAUUUUAUUUUCCUCCUCUUCAGGGUAGCAGAUUUCCCUGGUGCAAUAAUUCCUUUAAAACCCCAAGAGGAAGAGCGCUGGGCUUUCCCUCCGUGUCACAGGGCUGGCCAGUCCCAAACUUGCUCGGGCUGCUGCCCCCCGGCUCCUUGCCUUGCCUCAGUUUCCCUGCCCUCUGCCCGCCCAGCCCCUUCCCCUCCCUACCUCGCAGGGGUGUUACAAAUUACCGUUUCUAAAGCACUUUGAAGCCCUCUUGGGAAAGGCACCAGAAACAUGCGUGUGCUGGACGGAGCCCGGGGGAUUUGUCCUUCCCGGAGCCCCCGAUGGCAUCUCCUGCCGCGGCCGGCAUGCGGGACUCACGUGCUCAUCACCUGGGGAACUUUUUGCUCUUCCCUCCUCAACAGUGUAACAACCCUCAAACUGAAAUGUAUAUUUUUGCUAGAAGUACAAACCUCCAAGUGUUUUUAAUAAUAUAAAUAGUGUCCACAAACUGACUUGACUUUAAAUAAAUCUGAACUAAAUAUUUAA